GCUCCUCGAGCUUCAGUAUUCACGUAACAGAGCUACACUAAAGGCCGUGCGCGCGCACACGGUUUAAAGGGGUUCUCGUGAGAAUAACCAUUCAUUAUUUCUUCCCCUCCGACAGUCGGAUCAUCAAGACGAAGCUGGGAAUCAGGCCAGGCAUGGAUUCACUGUGGUGGUAGAGAAAACACAAAGAAGACGGAGCGACCGGGACAAAGCCAGGCGAGAAGAUGAGCGCGAGCACAACGGCGUCGUGUCGCUUCGCCCAUUACUUCGUGUUGUGUGGACUGGACACGGACACGGGCCUCGAGCCGGACGCCUUAGCGGCUUUGUACCAGUGGCUUGAGGCAGAUCGUCAGGGCAGAGACCCAGAGGCCGUGACAGCAGGUGAGAACUUUGACCAGAGUCCCCUUAAACGGACUUUCAAAUCCAAAGUUCUGGCUCAUUACCCAGAGAACAUCGAAUGCAACCCUUUUGACCAGGAUGCCGUCAACAUGCUCUGUAUGCCGAAAGGCCUGUCUUUCCGCACUCAGAAGGACUGCCUCACGCCGAAGUUCCACUCAUUUAUAAUCACACGUGAGGAUGGCUCUCGCACUUACGGAUUUGUACACACCUUCUAUGAGGAAGUGACCAGCACUCAAAUUCGCUCUGCCAUGCAGACUUUGCACCAGAUGCACCAUGCAGAGCACGCCUCUUCUCACACAUGCCCUUCAUCUUCCUCCUCCUCUUCAUCCUCCUCAUCGAGUAUGGACUCAUUAACCAGCAGCUCAGAUGAAGCAGAGUCUUUGUCCUCCGCCUGUUCUGUGAAUCAACGUUGUUGCAGCUCUUCGAGCUACGAUGCUGAGCAGGACACGCUGUACGUCUCCAAAGCACUGUGUCUGAUCACGCCGAUGCCCUUCAUGCACGCAUGCCAGCGCUUCCUGUCCCAGCUGCACAGGGCUGUCACGGCCCAGCAGCCGCCCCCUCUGCCUUUGGAGAGCUACGUACACAAUGUGCUUUUUGAAGUCCCACUCCCACCUCCUGGCCGCUCCUUAAAGUUCCAUGGUGUGUACGAGCCCAUCGUUUGCCAGAGGCCAGGAGUGGCAGAGCUGCCCAUGGCAGAUUUUCCUCUGGGAGAGGCCUUUCGGCUGCUGGGGGUCGAGAACCUGGUGCAGCUCUUCACCUGCGUCUUGCUAGAGAUGCAGGUUCUGCUUUACUCGCAAGAUUAUCAGAAGCUGAUGGCGGUAGCAGAGGGCAUCACCACACUCCUCUUUCCGUUCCAGUGGCAGCAUGUGUACGUGCCCAUCCUGCCUGCUUCCCUGCUGCACUUCCUGGAUGCCCCUGUGCCCUACGUCAUGGGCUUACAGUCGAAGGAGGGCACGGACCGCUCCAAACUGGAACUGCCUCAAGAGGCAAACCUUUGCUUUGUGGAUAUUGACAACCAUUGCUUAGAGCUGCCUGAGGAUUUCCCACAAUUCCCCAACAAGGCUGAGUUUAUCCAGGAACUCAGUGAGCUGCUCCUGAGCCACGGCCUGCCCCUAGAAGGGGGCGUUCCCUCAUCUCCGCCUACUUCCUCUCAAACCCGUGUAAUGGGGAGCGACCCUCUGAGAAACUUGGUAGAUGAUGGAAGGAACGGUAACUUGCCGUCUGAUGUCGUAGACCUGCUGCAGGGAAACCCGACUCUGGAGCGCCUUCAGGCUCUAGCCAAGCGCACAGGGGUGAAGGUCACCUGUCUGGAGGAGCUGGUGGCCAGGCAGAAGGUUUUAGGUGAGGAGAACACUGGUGUAUUGAGGACAGGCAUUGAGGAGGAGGAGCUGAGGAAUGCCAAGCUGAAUGUGCAGCUGAGGGAGGUGUUUGCUGCUCGCUUUGUCACAAUGUUUGCUGACUAUGAGGCGUUCGUCAUUCAGAACUCGCCAGAUCUGGAGUCGUGGCUUUCCAACCGAGAGCAGAUGCACAACUUUGACAAGACUUCUUUCCUGUCAGACCAGCCAGAGCCAUACCUUCCUUUUCUGUGUCGCUUCAUUGAGACCCAAAUGUUCGCCACUUUCAUCGACAAUAAAAUCUUGUCCCAGUGGGAGGAAAAGGAGCCCCUCCUUCGUGUGUUUGAUGGACGCAUUGAGAAGGCCCGCCUCUAUAAUGUGCGUGCUCCCAGCCUGCGCUCCACCGUUUACCAGAGGUGCACCCUCCUCAACGAGUCCGCUCAAGCCAUAGAGCAACGGCUGAUGAAAAUCGACCACACAGCCAUUCAUCCGCACUUGUUAGACAUGAAGAUCGGCCAAGGCAAAUACCAGCAGGGCUUCUUCCCUAAAUUGCAGUCGGAUGUCCUCGCCUCAGGCCCAACCAACAACAAAUGGUCUAAUCGCACUGGCUCGGCUCAGCGGCGGAGGGACUGGCACAGACAGCAGACUGAUCAUCUCGGGCUGGACAAUGACCUUAAAGAGCCACUUCCUGGGUGUUUGGUCAUGCAGAACUCUGUGGCUUCCUGGGACUGGGUCCGAGCACCAAGCCCUCAUGUUAAAACACCCAAAAAAUCCUUUUCAUCCUGGAGCCUGAAGUACCUGCAGGAAGCACGUAGCCUGGGGAAAAAUCUGAGGCAACCCAAACUGUCUGACCUUUCUCCAGCGGUCAUCGCUCAGACCAACUCGAAGUUCGUAGAGGGCUUACUAAAGGAAUGCAAAAUGAAGACUAAGCGAAUGUUGGUGGAGAAGAUGGGUCGAGAGGCCGUUGCUCUCGGCCAUGGAGAAGCUAAUAUCACCGGUCUGGAGGAGAACACGCUCAUCGCUAGUCUGUGUGACCUGCUGGAGAGGAUAUGGAGCCACGGCCUGCAGGUCAAACAGGGAAAGUCUGCAUUAUGGUCCCAUUUAAGGCAUUACCAAGACAGAAUGGAGAAGAUGGAGCAGCAGGUGGCGUCAUCAGUGCUUCAUGGGCAAGACAAGCGGAGGUCAGAGUCAUCCAUCGGCCUGCCAGUGUUGCGCAUGUCAGUCGUUCAGGACAUGAGACACAUCCAGAGCAUGGGGGAAAUCAAGACUGAUGUAGGGAGAGCCCGAGCCUGGAUUCGUCUGUCCUUGGAGAAAAAGCUGCUGUCCCAACACCUCAGGCAGCUACUUUCUAAUCAAGCUAUAACCAAGAAGCUGUAUAAGCGCUACGCCUUUCUGCGGUGUGAAGAAGAGAAGGAGCAGUUUCUUUUCCAUCUGUUGAGUCUGAACACAGUGGACUACUUCUGCUUUACCAGCGCCUUUGCCACCAUCAUGAUUCCAUAUCGUGCUGUCAUCAUCCCAAUCAAGAAGCUGAGCAAUGCCAUGACCACCUCCAACCCCUGGGUGUGUGUGUCAGGUGAAUUAGGGGACUCCGGUGUCAUGCAGAUCCCGAAGAACGUUCUGGAAAUGACGUUUGAUUCUGCCUUUAGGGCUCACACGCACCUCUCCAUCCCUUUCAAGUGUCAGAACCUGGGGAAGCUGACCACUGUGCAGUUGGGCCACGAUAAUGCUGGGCUUCUGGCCAAGUGGCUGGUGGACUGCGUAUUGGUUCGCAACGAGAUUACAGGACACACAUACAAAUUCCCUUGUGGUCGGUGGUUGGGGAAAGGCGUGGAUGACGGCAGUCUUGAGCGAAUCCUUAUCGGUGAAUUGGUGGCACGGAGCAAUGAAGAGGAGGUGGGAUGGGGUUCCAAGACUCCGCCCCCUCAACGUUCACCCUCACAAAUCCGCCGCAUCAGCAUCAGCUCCAUCACAAGCCGAGGCAGCAAACCAACAUCAGAUCAGAUCCAGGAAGCCAUCAGUGAAGCAGUCAACACCAUUGUGAAACAUUUUCACAAACCAGAGAAGGAGAGAGGAAGCCUGACAGUUCUGCUGUGUGGUGAAGGCGGUCUAGUGGGAGCUCUGGAGCAGUUCUUCUACCAUGGCUUCCGGACAGCUCGUCUCUUCCAGAAAAGUGUCUUUUUGUGGGACUUUAUAGAGAGGACGGUUGUGUACAUGGAGAAUUCUGAUCAGACAACUGAUCUGCAGCGUAUUGGUUCGAGCUGCAAUUCUCUUUGUCGCUAUGCCAACGCUAUUAACAACACAUCACGCAACUUGGGCAAAGAUGGCAAAUUCCAGCUUCUCAUUUGUCUCGGGGCAAGAGAUCGGUUGCUGACUCACUGGCUCCCCCUGCUGGUCGAGUGUCCCAUCAUCACGCGUAUGUUUGAGGAAACGGCGUUGCUGCGUGACAAUGUCGCUGUCGGCUUUCUCAUCCGUGUUCUACAGUCUUUGCAUGAUUUCCGCAUAACUCUAGAGACAUCCCUCACCAAAGGCGUGGAGUUAUAGUGACAUAGAAAUGCCCAUCUGUCUUCUCCUCUACUUCAUCCUCCUGAUCCCUCUGCCUCUGCUGCUACUGCUACUGCUGCUGCUUCCGCCCCAGGAGCAUGAAAACAAAAAAUCUUGCUGUUUAAACCACAGUUAAAGCCGCAGCAAAAUCAAGGCUCACCUGGAAAGGGGGAAAACAUUUUGAAGCAGUGUUUGGUGAUGAAAUGAAAAGUUUUUCAUUGUAAGACAGAGCCCUCUGGUUUGGAGGGUUUCUAAAUCCUGCUUGUAGUUGGACAGAUUUCUGUUUUACUCCAUUGGACAACUGGGUACUAUUUCAAGCACUGUCAAAGCUUUGUGUGACUUUAUGGAAAAGCAUUACGUUAAUAGCUUUGCAGAGAUUUAGUAUUCACCAACUUUGGAGGAAUACACUGGAAAGCUGAAGCUUACUCGUGCCUGCAUUAAAAUUGUUAAUAUCCCAAAAAAAUAAUUAAAACAAACACACAAAAAAGCCCAACAUUUUGCAUACUAAUUGGGCGAGGAACUGUCCCACAGGUUUUUAGAGAGAAUAAAACUGACUUUAUAACUGGCCGAUACAAAGCUGCGCUCGUAAACAUUCCAGCGAUAUGAAGCAUGAUUAUUUGAAGAUUGUGUUAGAGGAUGAGUUUUAGUUUUGCCAAUCAGUAUUAACAUUGAGUUGUGUUGAAAGAAUUCAGCAGCGAACUUUUAUAUUUAUUAGAAAACACUGGAAGUAGACAAAGCAAUAAUACAAUUAUCCUGCCCUCGUCAGGACAAAACCACUUAAACAACCAGCUUUUUCUUACCAUGUAUUACGUUUUGCCACAUUUUUAAAUUAAAUUUAAAGACAAUGGGUAACAUUCUGGAUUUUGGGUUUCACACACACACACACACAUACACAUACAGUGUAAUAUCUGUAGAUUAAUAUUAAUGAACUCCAUGGCUUUCUCCAUGAGAACAACUACAUGAGUAUGCGUUAAGCUAGCUGUUAUGAAAAAAAUUGUUCUCAUGUUUAACAGUGUUUGAAUUUCUGUUAUCCACCCAUAUAUGUCAGAGGGUGCAUGUGUAAAAAAAAAUUUUUUUUCCUUUUUUUUUCUUUUAAGUGUUCAAAAUGACAUCUGUAUAUUUAUUUAUUUUUGAACAAUGCUUUUGUGACACUGGUUAAAGCUGUAUGGAGCUAGAUGUUAGGGGCGAUUCAGUUAACUAAAUCUAAAGCAUAUAUUAGUUAUAGUGUAUCGCUUCCUCUUGUUCCAUAUUUGCCAGCUAAUUGCUCAUUGUGGUUGGUUCUGACUGUGUAUAAUUUUGGUAUAAUAAACCUGUGUAAAAUUUAAUUAAGUUUGCUUCCCCUAAAAAAAUUAAAGCAGCUAGCGAACAUGAUAUAACACUGGAUCAUUCCCUUUUGUUGUGCAUGCUAGAGCUGGGAAUUUUAGCUUGAGGUUUAUUUCAUUUACCGUUAGGUUCAUAUCCUGGACCAGGAUCAUAACCACUUUUUUGUCCUGUGAGGAUGUAGGAUUGUUUGCUUUCUUUCCUGAUCAUUGUGGACGCUUCUUACUGAAAAUAUGGAAAGAAAAACAUUUUUCCAUUUAUCACUAAGAAAUUGCUGUUAUGUUCAUGAUGUUUUUGGAACCUUUCAUUAAAAAUCACAAUGUGUUUA